CACACACACACACACACACACACUCCGGAGCCAGACGGACUGGAAAGACGUCGUCUCGUUGUGGAUCUGCAGGACCGGAAUUAACCUGAUCCUUCAUGAGGCUGAAGCUCCUCCCACUGAUGAUGUCAUCAUGAAACCUUCAUCACCACCCUCCUCCUCCUCACCAGAGACCUCUUCCUCCGGUCCCGCUGGACCAGGUCCAGGUCGUAGACCAGGACCAGGACCAGGACCAGGUCCUGCUGACCCGGGGCCCCCAGACCUGAACCCCCCCCCCAUCCAGACUCUGCUGUCCCUGCAGAGUCCAGCGCUGCAGGACGAGUUCCUGAGAGAACGUCGGAACAAGUUUCAGUCUCCAGGAGACCCCCCACCCAUCCAGAAUCUGCUGUCCCUGCAGAGUCCAGCGCUGCAGGACGAGUUCCUGAGAGAACGUCGGAACAAGUUUCGGUCUCCAGGAGACGCCAGCGACGCUAGCGCCGUCACGUCUCCAUCCCGGUCCCAGGGCUCCUCCCCCCAGAGCUCCUCCCCCCAGAGCUCCUCCCCCUCGCCGUCUCCUAGCAACAGAAAUGCUCGUCUCUCUCUCUCCAGCCCGGAACUCCUGGACGAGCUGAAGGCUCCGAGGAAACAACCGCUCCGCCACGUCGCCCCAUCCAGGGGGAAAACCGUGGUGUUCCGGGGCCGGGGGGGAGGACAGGUGUCUGACUCCGCCCCCAGCUCCAGCCGGGCCAAUCAGAGCGUUCCACACCGAUGACACGGCUCCCCCUGAAGCUCCGCCCACCAACGACCAACCAGGACCAGGAGCCACGCCCCUUCCCUUAGCCACGCCCCUUCACCAAA